AUGCCUCCCAUUUCUUGCUUCCUCCUAUUGACCUUCCUCAUCAUCACUUCUUCCAUGGCCUCUGUGGUUGGAGCUGUCGGGGUGAACUGGGGCACCAUGGCUUCUCAUCCCCUUCCACCCCACAAGGUGGUGAAGCUCUUGAAGUCCAACAACAUUAAUAAAGUUAAGCUCUUUGAUGCCAACUCUGAUGUUCUUCAGGCUCUUUCUGGCUCCAACAUUGCUGUGACUGUGGGCAUUCCCAACACUAUGCUCAGAAGCUUGAACUCUUCGAAGAAAGCUGCAGACAGUUGGGUCCAUGAUAACGUUACGCGGUACAUGCCUAAUGGGGGCAGUGUGACUCGAAUUGAAUAUGUUGCAGUUGGUGAUGAGCCUUUUCAUAAAAGCUAUGGCGAACAAUUUCAUCCCUUUUUAAUUGGAGCUGCUAUGAACAUUCAAGCAGCUUUAAAUAAAGCAAAAUUGGACAGCAAAGUGAAAGUUGUGGUUCCAUGCAGCUUUGACAGUUUUGAGUCAGGAUUUAACAUGUCCUCGGAAGUGCAUUUCAGGCCUGAUAUCAACAAAACCAUGACUGAGGUUCUCGGGUUUCUUGGUAAGCAUGGAUCACCUUUCUUUGUGAGCAUUUCUCCGUUCAUAACCCACCUUGAAACAAAAAAUAUUUCACUUGAUUUUUCCCUCUUCAAAGAAACUUCCCGCCCUCAUAAUUUUAUCCAUAAAACUUACAAAAACAGCUUUGACUUGAGCUAUGAUACAGUGGUUACUGUAUUAUCAUCAGUAGGAUAUCCUAAUAUGGACAUUGUUGUGGCAAAGAUUGGUUGGCCAACAGAUGGAGCUGCCAAUGCAAGUUCAUACCUUGCUGAAACCUUCAUUGGAGGCCUCAUAAACCACAUUCAUGGUAACUUGGGGACCCCACUUAGGCCUCAUAGGCCACCACUUGAAACGUAUAUUUUGAGCCUUCUUGAUGAAGAUCAAAGGAGCAUUGCUUCUGGAAACUUUGAAAGGCAUUGGGGUUUGUUCACUUUUGACGGCCAAGCAAAGUACCAUGUGGAUUUUGGCCAAGGUUCAAGCAGCCUAAUGAAUGCUCAAAAUGUUGAGUAUCUCUCUUCCAAGUGGUGUGUUGUGAACAACAAUAAAGACUUGUCAAAUGCAACUGCCAGUGCUUUAGAGGCUUGUUCAAAUGCUGAUUGUACUGCACUAUCUCCUGGUGGAUCCUGCUUUAAUAUCAGUUGGCCUAGUAACAUAUCAUAUGCUUUCAAUAGUUACUAUCAGCAGCAUGAUCAGAGAGCUGAAAGCUGUGACUUUGGAGGCCUAGGUUUGAUCACAACUGUUGAUCCAUCCAUGGAUCAUUGCAGGUUUCCUAUUGAGAUUCGUGUUUCUCAUGCAGAAUUUCACAGGCUGUGUAAUUUCCAGUGGUUGAUUUUACUUGUUACAGCCCUCUUGGCAGCAUCUUUGGCUGUUUGA